AUGAGCUCGCACACAAGUGUCAGUGGCAAGUCGAACAUGCUGGAUUCUGUACCGACCGAGCCGCCUGUCACGCCACUGCGGAGCUAUUCCAGUGUUGACUCCGCUUGA